AAGAAGGACGUGAAGGAAUUUCCGCUGACGUCACCGCGUAUGUCCAUAUCAGGGCUGCAGCUGUCCGAGAGCAACAAUAACAAGCGCUACUCCGCAGCCUGAGCGCAGCUUUAACGGCGCUGACAGCACCGAAUACCGUCGAAAUGCUCAAAAUGCAGCUUUCGAAUUAACUCUGCCGUUUGUUUCUUUGUCCUCCGAGCUGAACUCCGGCUGUCGUUCACGCUGACGCCGCCGAACACAGACUCGGGCGCAGGGGGAGCUUUGCAAUUUGCGGCUGCAUCUGGGUCAGUGGGCCCGACGUUAACCGCACCAGAGGUUUGCUUAUCCCCGUGGACCUGUCAGCUGUUCGUACACGCACCAUAUCGCCGUUAUAAACCGUGGCAACAUGGAGGCUAACGGUGGAGGACAGGACCGGGAUUCCGAGCUCUCCUGUCGAAACGGUACUCAGAAUGGCGAGUCGUCCUCCACCGUGGCCGCUCACUCCAACGGACUUAUCUCGGUAACCAACAAUGGCAACGCUGUCAGCAACAACAACGGAGUGGCAGCCCAGCCCGCCUCCAACAACAACAACAGCAGCAGCGCGGCGGAUGGCGGGUCGGGUGUCAAGAAGAAGAAGCGCCUGUCUCAGUCCGAGGAGGAUGUCAUCAGGCUCAUAGGACAACAUCUGAACGAUUUAGGUCUCAACCAGACGGUGGACCUCCUGAUGCAAGAGUCUGGCUGCAGACUGGAACACCCCUCUGCCACCAAGUUUCGCAAUCACGUCAUUGAAGGAGAGUGGGACAAGGCUGAGAGUGACCUGAAUGAGCUGAAGGCACUGAUGCAUUCUCCUAGUGCUAUAGUGCGGAUGAAGUUCCUACUCCUGCAGCAGAAAUAUCUGGAAUAUCUGGAGGACGGGAAGGUGCUGGAGGCCCUGCAGGUCCUCAGAGCCGAACUCACCCCUCUCAAAUAUAACACGGAGCGCAUCCACAUCCUGAGCGGGUACCUGAUGUGCAGUCAUGCAGAGGACCUGCGAGCCAAAGCUGAGUGGGAGGGCAAAGGCACAGCAUCGCGCACCAAACUGCUGGACAAACUCCAAAGUGAGUGCAGUGACUCACACGGUCACAUGAAACAGUUCCCCUGCUACACACAGCAGAUUCUCACAGAACACUGCAAUGAAGUCUGGUUCUGCAAGUUCUCCAACGAUGGCACAAAACUGGCAACUGGCUCCAAAGACACCACAGUCAUUGUGUGGCAAGUCGACAUGGACAUCCAGCAGCUGAAGUUGAUGAAGACUCUUGAAGGUCAUGCUUAUGGAGUUUCCUACCUGGCAUGGAGCCCUGAUGAUGCUUAUCUGAUAGCCUGCGGCCCUGACGACUGCUCCGAGCUGUGGCUGUGGAAUGUGCAGACGGGGGAGUUGCGAACAAAGAUGAGUCAGUCCCACGAGGAUAGCCUAACCAGCGUGGCCUGGAACCCAGAUGGCAAACGCUUUGUCACCGGCGGCCAGAGGGGCCAGUUCUACCAGUGUGACUUGGAUGGAAACCUCCUGGACUCCUGGGAGGGAGUUCGGGUGCAGUGCCUGUGGUGUCUCAGUGACGGCCGCACAGUCCUCGCAUCUGACACCCACCAACGCAUCCGAGGAUACAAUUUUGAGGACCUGACAGACAGAAACAUGUACGUCAUCAGAGUAACUGAAGUACUAAUUAGUCAUUAUUACUUUAAUAGUAAAUGUAUCUGUUCUGUCUUUCUGGAGACGUCUCUGCAACUGUUUUAAGGAUCUGAGAAACUACUGAACACUUCAGUCCCAAAACACUGGUUGUAGAGAUGUUUGCUGUCUACAGUCUGGAAUACAUCGAUCUAUUGGAUCUUUUCACAAACGAGCAAGAGCAGAUUGUCCUGUAUGAGAUGAGAUUUAACAGCCACAGAUAUUCACUGCAAGUGUCUUAAUGAAUGUCAAUAACUUCUCGUGAUGAACUCAGCCAACAAAGGUCAUGUUUGGCCUUAUAUCUGUGCGUUCAUCAGUAGGUGUGUCAGCUGAUACGUUUCUUACCAGUACCAGUUCCUCCUUAGAAGGACUCGGUCACUCCACACCUGAUUAAUUUGAAAGAAAUGUGGAAAUAUUUUGCCAAGAAACCAAAUAUGAUCAAACUUGGACUUAUUCACUACUUUGUUACACUUGUUACACUGUCACACUUAGAUGUGUCAGAUCAUCAAACUACUUUAAGUAUUAGACAAUGUUAACCUUAAAUAAUCUUAAUAAAUAAGAAGAAAUACUGAGUCC